AUGAAAAACUUUAACGCCCUCGUCGGACUCCUGGCCUGCCUGGCCACUACCAGCGUCAACGCUGCUACCAAGGAACAAUGGCGUGGCAGGUCCAUGUACCAGAUCGUUACCGACCGUUUCGCCCAGCCCACUCCGGAGCAGGCGUUGACGGAGGGUUUGGUCGCCAACUGCGAUCCCAAGGGAGCCACUUGGUGCGGUGGUAACUGGAGGAGUAUUAUCGACAAGCUCGACUACAUCAAGGACAUGGGAUUCUCCGCUAUCUGGAUCUCCCCCGUCAACCAGAACAUCGAUGUCACUACCCCUUACGGAAGCGCAAUCCACGGAUACUGGGUGAACGACGUGACCAAGCUCAACCCUCGAUUCGGAACCUCGAACGACCUGAAAUCGCUCAUUCAAGCCGCUCACGAUCGUGGGAUCUACGUCAUGGUCGAUAUCGUCAUCAACCACAUCGCCACCAUGCCCCGGGGGAAGGGUACAGUCAAGGAGAUGUUGGAUCAGGAUCCUUUGAUGAUGUACAGGGAUGAGGGGAGCUACCACAACCCAUACUGCAGGAUCAGGGACUAUGGCAAGCUCCCCGAGUAUCGGGUUUGCUCCAUGGGUGAUGACAAGGUCGCCCUGGUCGACGUCGACACCGAUAGUCCUUCGGUACAAUCCACGUUGAACUCCUGGAUCAAAGGCUUUGUCCAAGAAUAUGCCAUCGACGGAUUGAGGUUGGACGCUGCCAAGCACAUGGAACCCCAAUCGCAGAAGGACUUCUGUCAAGCCGCAGGGGUCAUGUGUAUGGGAGAAGUCUACAGUAACGCCGCUCAGGAUCAAAAGAAGUACACCGACGGCUUCAUCGACAGCAUCCACAGCUAUCCCUUGUACGAAGGGUUCAAGCACGCCUUCAUCCCUGAUUCUACGCCUACCCUCAACAUGCAGUCUUUCUUGAACAAGCUCGACGAGCAGCAGUACUGGAUCAAAGACACCACCGUCCUGGGAACGUUCUUUGGAAACCACGACAACCCGCGUUGGUACGCAAAGAACCAAGAUGCGGUGAUCGGUCAGAACGCCUUCGUCUCUGCCCUGAUGGUCGAGGGUAUCCCCACAGUCUACUAUGGUGACGAGCAGGAACUCGCUUAUGGCCUGGACGACCCCGACAACCGUCAAGCUCUCUGGUCCACCAUCGGAGGUGUUGGAUCCUCAAACUAUCCUACUGACAAGCUCGCUUAUCAGACUAUCAAGCGUGUUCAUCAAGUUCGAGGAUACCUCUCUACCUCUAGCGACUUUGACACCCAGCUCGCCAAGCCGAUCACCCCCAAAGGAUCGAAGACCGAGGCCGGACUGAAGCGAGGCAAGGCGGUCUUUGUCGUUACUAACCGAGGAUCUGGUAGCACCGAGGGUACCUUGAAGGUCCCGAGCACCGGGUUCAACGGAACAGCGGUAGACAUGCUCACCUGUACCUCGUUCCAAGUUGCUGCAGACGGUUCCGUCGAGGUCAGCUUUGCUAACGGUGGCAAGCCUUUCGUCUUCCUUUCCAUCGAGGACGCCGCUGCCAGCGGCAUCUGCCCAGACCUCCCGGGUGCCGCUUCGACCACAGUUGCACCUUCUUCUGCCGUUUCCACCAUCAGUCUCACCACCUCGGCCGAGACUGGCAAGACUGUUAUGCCCGCCGCUACCACCUCCGCAGGAGAGAUCGUCGAAGCCAUGCCUAGCUCGAUCAAGCAUGGAGCAUCAUCGGCGGACGACAUUACGCAAGACCAAGCUACCCCGACUGAUGGGCCCGUCAGUAUCACGGCGUCUGAUGGCGCCAUUGCACAGCCUACUCAGGUUUCUGGAGAAGGCGAGCAACCCAGCUCUGUCGUCGGUACCAGUGAAACAAGCGCCACGGCGCCCGAAGCCACUCAGGUCGCCGCUAGCAGUUCCGGCAGCGGUUCGACUGCUAGCGGAAACGAAGCUCCCCCUCAGGCGACCGGUGCCGACGGAAGUGCCCCUCAAGCUACUGGACCUACAGGAGCCGCUCCUAGCCAAAUCGACAGCCAGCCCGAUGCGAAGGACCCGGCCACUACCUCUGUUGGAAAUUCUGCUCAUUCUACCGGCGUGCAAGUCAGCUUUCUCGGGACGAUGGUGAUCAUGAUCGCUUACCUUGGACUCUAA